CUACAUGAAGUUGUUUUUCCUCAAAAGAAUGAAAGUGUUAGGUUUACUAAAUUAAUGGGUGAAACAGGUUUUAAGCCUGUUUUAGGGAAUCGUUUACUUAGAAUAUCAUUGAAAUGUGCAGGGGACAUUUAAUUGAACUGUACAUUAACUGAACUGUGAAACAGACCAACCGUUAACAAAGCAACGACGCAUGCCUUACGGGGACUGGCAAACAGCUUCUGCCAAAGGGAGUGGAGCUGAUGUUAAUGAAGUGUCUUGUGUUAGGCUACCAAACAGGCCCUACAGUGUACUUUCGCAACAUUCUGUUUGAUUUCAUUUCAACCCUAAAGUUGAAGGACACAGAAGAGAAUCAAACUUCCACCAAUGGCGAUGCAGUGUGUGUCCAAGGUGGAGCUGACAAUCUCCUGUGAAAACCUUAUGGACAAGGAUGUGACUUCCAAGUCUGACCCAUUGUGUGUGCUGCAUUUGAAUGUAUCUGGGAACCAGUGGUUUGAGGUUGCACGCACAGAGAGAGUUCAGAACUGUCUGAAUCCAAAAUUUGCCAAGAAGAUUGUCAUCGAUUAUCAAUUUGAAGUGGUGCAGAAGCUUAGAUUUGCCAUAUAUGAUAUAGACAGUAAAGCCAUUGAGUUGAACGAUCAUGACUUCCUUGGGGAGAUGGAGUGCUCCUUGGGUCAGAUUGUGUCCAGUGGGAAGCUGACAAGGCCCCUACUCUUGAAGAACAAAAAACCAGCUGGAAAAGGAACCAUUACUGUAAUUGCAGAGGAAAUCAAGGACAAUAGAGUGGUGAAUUUUGAAGUUGAUGCCAGGAAACUGGAUAAAAAGGAUUUCUUUGGAAAGUCAGAUCCCUACCUGGAGUUUUACAGGCAAACUGAGACAGCAUGGCAACUUGCCCACAGAACAGAGGUGGUGAAAAACAACCUUAACCCCACUUGGAGACCUUUCAGAAUCCCUCUACAGUCUCUUUGUGGAGGAGACAUGGAGAAACCUAUCAAAGUAGAAUGUUAUGACUAUGACAACGAUGGGUCACAUGACCUUAUUGGAAUUUUUGAGACCAACAUGAAACGCUUGCAGGAGGCUACACGGGUUUCUCCGGCAGAGUUUGACUGUAUUAACAUUAAGAAGAAGCAAAAGAAGAAGAACUAUAAGAACUCUGGUGUUGUGAGUGUGAAACUCUGCCAGGUUGUGAAGGAGUACACCUUUUUGGAUUAUAUCAUGGGGGGUUGCCAGAUAAAUUUCAUUGUUGGAAUAGAUUUCACAGGUUCAAAUGGUGACCCAAGGUCUCCUGAUUCAUUGCACUACAUCAGUCCAAGCGGGGUCAAUGAGUACCUUUCUGCCAUCUGGUCUGUUGGCCUGGUGAUCCAGGACUAUGACAGUGACAAAUUGUUUCCAGCUUUUGGUUUUGGGGCACAGAUUCCACCAAACUGGCAGGUGUCUCAUGAGUUCCCUCUCAACUUUAAUCCAGCAAACCCAUUCUGUGCUGGAGUGGAGGGCGUGGUGGAAGCUUAUAGAGUGUGCUUGCCCCAGGUCAGACUUUAUGGCCCUACAAAUUUUGCUCCCAUCAUCAGACGUGUGAGUGGCUUUGCCCAGCAAGCACUGCAGCAGCAAACAGCCUCUCAAUACUACGUGCUGCUCAUCAUCACGGACGGAGUGAUCACAGACAUGGAUCAGACCCGCGCUGCCAUCGUGGCCGCCUCCCACUUACCCAUGUCCCUAAUAAUUGUGGGGGUGGGUAGAGCUGACUUCACUGAUAUGGAAAUCCUGGAUGGAGAUGACGGACAUCUGAGGUCCCCAUCCGGACAGCCUGCCGUGCGAGACAUUGUGCAGUUCGUGCCUUACAGAAAAUUCCAGAAUGCACCCCGAGAGGCCUUGGCACAGAGUGUGCUGGCGGAGGUUCCUGGUCAGGUUGUCACAUGCUUUAACAUGUUGAACCUCAGGCCUCUCACCUCCAGCACACCUGUAGCUGCUCAUGAUGGGCCUCCAAAGACAGAUGCCUAGUGCUGCUUCAGGGCCAUGCAGUAAAAGACCCUGCCUACUUCAGCCCUGCAUGUCAUCCCCUUAGGGAGUUCCAGUGCCUAAAUACAAUAAAUCACUCUAAGAACAGUAUGUAAAUGAGUACACCAAGAGCAGAAAAGGACUCAGUUUAGUAAACCAAUGCAGCAUUUUAGCCCUAAAGCAUAUAUAAAGUAUAUAUUGUAGUCUGUAUGUUUUGUUUUCUGUUUUUGUUUACAUUACUUGAUGAAUAAUGGCUCAAAUUUCCAGUAGUGUCUUACUUUUUUUAAGCUGGAUAUAUUUUUAUAUUGUUUUAAUACUAAGAGCUGCUUAUAAUUUUUGCCAAGGUUUAGUUUAAUGAAAAUAUUUUAAUUGUAAAUUUUGCUCAACCUCUGAGCAGAUAUUGUUUGUUGAUGAGGGCUAGCAAAUCAAGGGCUUUUUCUAUUAUUUUAUACUUUGCUCAUGUUUCCAUAGUAUCUUACUUUGGUCAUUUACUCCUAUUCCUGCUCCUUUGUAUAAAGAGCACACAAUCAUCAUGAGUACUGUACAGCUGAUGACAUUCUUGCUUUGAAGUGGUAGUGAGUCCUGCAGUAGCUGCCAGUUGACUGGUAGUAACAUUGGUAGUAACAUUAAUACCUUAGUGGCCUUUUUCAGACUCAAAUCCAGUUCCACAAGCAAUGGUAACUGCAUAACAUAAGUGAUUUGAGGCUUUGUGGAUGCUUGAUUAAACUACCAAUUAAUAAUUUA